UGUGUGUGUGUAACUGUUUGUAUCUGGAAAUGAGCGAGCGAUUUUGUGGCGCAACAAGCUUCCUGUAUCACCACCACAACCUCAGAGCAGCAGAUAUUCCAGCAGCUGAUGUAGUUCUAUGUCUGAGCUGCGAUGGCUGAUGGUGGAGAGGUGGUGUACACGGCUCUGGAGGUGAUCAUUGCUGUAGGCUGCUGUCUAGGGAAUGUGCUGGUCAUUUGGGCGGUGUGGACGUGUGGAACCCUGAGGCAGCCCACCUACUGCUUCAUCGUGUCCCUGGCCGUGGCCGAUUGCCUGGUGGGGGCGGUGGCCGUGCCCCUGGCCGUGCUGGUGGACGGACGGGUGGAGAUGCCUUUCCACGGCUGCCUCUUCAUCAGCUGCGUGGUGAUCGUCCUGACCCAGGCUUCAGUCAACUCCUUACUGGCCAUCGCUGUGGACCGAUCUCUGCGGGUUUACAUCCCUCUCAAGUACAAAGGGAGAGUUAAGCUGCUACACUCCUGGAUUAUAGUAGCUGUAUGUUGGGGAACUGCGACUGCGCUGGGUUUUACUCCGAUGUUUGGAUGGAACAACCGUGAAUCCUCUAACUCAACAAUAGUGUGCAGGUUCCUGACGGUCAUACCCAUGUCCUACAUGGUCAAAUUCAACUUCCUCAGCUGCCUCCUUCCUCCUAUGGUCAUCAUGUCAGCCCUGUACGUCUAUAUUUUCUGCACGAUAUCGAGGCAUCUCAGAGGAACCAUGGUCAGGACCGUCAAGCCCAGUGCAUAUUACGUUAAAGAGCGGAAGCUGGCCAGUUCUCUGGCUUUAGUUUUGGCUCUGUUUGCUCUGUGCUGGCUGCCUCUACACAUCAUGAACACUAUAGAGUUUUAUAGCCAGGGUGGACGUGUUCCUCAUUUAGCUUUUUACGUUGGCAUUUUACUGUCUCAUGCAAACUCAGCAGUGAAUCCUGUAGUGUACGCCUUCAGGAUACCGAAGAUAAAGCAGGUGUACAAAACGACCCUGAAGAAGGCUUUCCCAUGCCAAAGAGAUCCGCAAAAUGAUCAGAGUAGGCAGGUGACAGACAAUAACCCCAGUAGCAGCACAAACACCACGGCAAAAUCGUUCUCUAAUCCUGCGGAACAGAGAGUCACAGCGUAGAACAAGCUCAAAAAGUUAUAUACAAAUAUCCCCAUUCAUUACUCUGUAGGUAGAAGUAUACUGCAGAUACAAGGGUUUAAAAUACUUCAGUAGAAGUUGAAGAUGUAUCAACUCAAGCUUUUCACUCUUUAAGUAAAAGUGUUAAAAAAGUACUGAUUUCAAAAUGACUAGUUUUAAAGUAUAGAAGUAAAAGUAAUGCAAAGCAGAAAAAAAUAAAAAUGGCAUUAAGAACAAAAGCUUAGGCCGACCACGGAGUCCUAAAGUGCACUAGUUUUUUUUAUUCUCAAACCGCCAAUUUGUUUUGAGUAAUUGUGUUUUCAAACUAAUUAUGACUGAAUUUAGAAGAUGAUGACUCUGGACUUUACAAAAACAUAAAGACAAUGUUUGGGACUUUUUCUCUUUUUAAUUACAAAAAAUGAU